AUGGAGCAUGAGACACAAGAACUCUCUCCUCUUUUCUCAGUUUAUGUUUUGCCGGUUCCACCCCAAACACUGGUUGCUUGCUUAUCAAGAUAUUCGGAGCCUGAACGUCGGUCGCGACGUUGCUUUCGUCUGCUACGGCGUUUCGCUUUCUAUUUUCUGUUACUCCUCUUGUGUGGGGACAUAGAGCUUAACCCGGGUCCCACUACGGCGGAACAAUUGCAGCAGCUCUUGGAUGGCCAAGCGACCAUACAAGUGAAGCUUGCCUCUAUCGAGACCACACAGGUUGAGAAUAAGGUUGCCAUUGAUGAUCUGGUCAACCGGAUGACGUCAUUAGAAUCCAAGCUAAAUAGACUUGACCAACUGCAUACUGCUAUUAAAGAGUGCAAAACUGAAUGCGAGAACCAAAGGCGUGAGCUUGGGGCAUUGAUGGCAAGGGUAGAUGAUCUCGAGAACCGAAGCCGACGCUGCAACUUAAUCUUCUAUGGUGUCCCUGACGCAGAAGCUCGCGAAUCAAAUGCCGUCUCAGAGAAACGAAUUUCAGAGAUCUGUGAAUCAAGGUUGGGCCUACCGGCUGUGGUAAUGGAGCGGGCUCACAGGUUGGGCAAGUUCCAGAAUGGCAAAAACCGUCCACUGAUAGCCAAGUUCACCUCGUUCAAAGAAAAAGAGUUAAUUUUGAGAAAUACACGGAAAUUGAAGGGAACUCCAUUUAGUAUUUCUGAGGAUUUCUCCCAGGUGGUGCGAACGACAAGGAAACGAUUAUGGGACUUUGCCAAGUCACGAAGAAAGGAUGGCGACAAAGUGAACCUUAGAUAUGACACGUUGCUACUGAAUGGAACAAAGUAUGUCUAUGAUGACGAGACAAAUCAAGUCGUACCGCACAGAUGA